CUCAUAUCUAUGACAACUGCUUCGCAGGUUGUACUUUCGUCAAACAUUAAAACAUCAAAAGAUAAUUUGAAAACAAAUGGCCAUCUCUCAAGUGUUUUUAUGACAGAAUUUACACAAGAAUCAUGGUGUGUAUAUUAAGUGCAGCACAGUCGCCUCUCCAAGCGAAACUACGGCCAGCAAUUUGGCUUCCGGGAAUAAAAAAUUUGCAUUCGUGCAACAAAAGAUGGCAAAUAACAGAGCUUACUCCAGAAAUAUGUGUUCAGAAAGUUGUCAACGCUGUGGCAAGUUUGGCCGAGAACGAGAAAAUCGUCUUGCAUAAGGUCGACAGGGAAAGAAAUACAGUUCAAAUUUUUAGUUACACAAGAGCGGAAUGGCUUGAUGUGGUCGAAAUUGAAUUCUACCCGGGGCAGUUUUCUGGCACGGAAGGAAAUGCAAGGUCAUUUUCAUCUGGGUUCCUGCCAGUCUGGUUCCCUUUAUCGUUUGUUUUUAACACGAUAUUCUUUUUUGUACCGUUCUACGAUAACCAAUUUAACAAAAAGCGUUUGGCAAGAAUCAAGCAAGCGAUGGAAUUGGACAAAUUAGAGGAGCAAUAUUUAAUCAGCUGAUAGUUUAUAGUUUCAUUCAUUGCA